CAUAGUUAUGUUUUAAUAUGUAUAUUUUUACUUAAAUUGAAUGCAAUCUGUAGUUUGUAAAUAAUAGUAAAAUUCAAACUUAGAAACUAGCUAAUUUGUUAAUUAAUAAUUUUCAUUACUACAUUCAUUAUAUUUCGUUAAUAGAAAAAUAUAGGUAAAUCAUUGAAAUAAUUCAUAAUGGAAAAUAACCAGGAUUCAAAAAUCACUAGAACAGAAGGAUUAGAGCAAGAUGAAUUAAUUAUUCAGCAACAUAGAGAAAUUGAAAAAGAGAUCUCGGACUCAAUUUUACUAAUUGGCCAAAAAGAAGAAUUAACUUCAUUAGAAUCAGAAUAUGUUAAUGAUCCUGUAUAUCUUACAAAAGUUCAAGAUUUAAAUAAAAAGUAUAUAUGUAUGCGACGUGCCAGACCUGAUGGAAAUUGUUUUUUUAGAUCUUUUGCAUUUGCAUAUUUUGAAUAUUUAAUAGAUCAUACAGAAGAAUAUAAACAUUUUAAAGAAAGAGCUUUGAAAAGUAAAGAUGAACUUAUUUCUUGUGGUUUUACACAGUUCACCCUUGAAGAUUUCCAUGAUACAUUUAUGGAAGUUGUAAACAUGAUUGGUGAAGGUCAACAUGAAAAACUUUAUGAUACAUUUAACAUGCAAGGUUAUUCUGAUUAUGUAGUUGUUUAUCUUCGUUUAAUUACAUCUGGACAACUACAAAAAGAUGCUGAGUUUUAUAGGCAUUUCAUUGAAGGUGAUCGAUCAGUUGUUGAAUUUUGUCAUCAAGAAGUAGAACCAAUGUUCAAAGAAAGUGAUCACAUCCACAUCAUUGCUCUUAGUACCGCAUUAAAUGUUGGAGUUAGAGUUCGAUACAUGGAUAGAGGUGAAUCAUCUGAAGCUAUUGCCCAUGACUUCCCUGAAGGCUCUCCAGUUUGUGUUCAUCUACUUUAUAGACCAGGACAUUAUGAUAUACUCUAUAGUAGGCAAUAAAUUGGCAAUUUUCUAAAGAUAGUAUAAAUUUGAAUACUGUGAAAGAUACUUUAAAUAAUUUUUGCUUUUUCAAGAUAUUUUAAAAAUAUUAAAUGACUGGUAGUUAAUAACAAGUCAAUUCUUUUCCCAGUGUACUAUCUUGAAAUUUUAAUAAACUCUGACUAUGAUAUUGUAUAUUAAAAAUAAAUAUGUUUCACAUUUGACCAUUAUAUUUUGCAAUAAAAUUUAUCUCUUUAAUAACAGUCUUUCUAAAUUUACUAAAAAAAAUAGAAACAAUAUUUACCCAAGAUUUUUCUAUCUUAUUGUUA